AUGGAUGAAACUACACCAGGCAAUGUGCUUCGCCCAGAUCAUGGUCGAUCACUGGCGUGCUUCUACUGGACAUUGAUGGAACUACCGUCCUGGUUUCGGAGCCGCCACUGUGGCUGGUUUUAUUUCGGGCUUUUUCCUCUGUCGCUGGUGGAGCACGUAGCAGGUGGCUAUUCUUUCCUGUUUGCCUUCAUGGUGAAAACAUUCUUUGGCAAAGGAUUGCUAGCAUGGGAUUUCGACAGGACAGGCAUUUGCUGCAAAUCAAGUGGUGGAGACUUCAUUUUGAAAGCGCGUUUCGGGGCCCUACUUUCAGACGAGAAAGCAAUGAAAGAGCUCUGGUGCACGAAAGGUGCUAGUUCCUACAAGCCUUGCCACCUGUGCAAGAAUGUGAUGGGCCGGGUGGACCUGCCAGACCGCGGCUACUUGGUGCACUACACUUGCACAGAUUCAAGCCGCUUUGAUUUGCAUACUGCUGACAGUUUCCGGACAAUGGCACAGAAUCUGAAGCUUGAAGCUGGCAACCUGAGCAAAAAAGACUUCGAGCGAUUGGAGCAAUCUUACGGGCUUGUUUUCGACCCUCUUGGCAUCUUGUGGUGUGAAGAUUUGGGAGGCAUUGUCAACCCUGUAUCACACACCUACUGGGACUGGAUGCAUAUAUUGAUGGCCUGUGGUGGGAUUGCUCAGUAUGAGUUCAAUCAAUAUGCUAGGCGCCUUUGCAGUGCUGGCGUGUCCUUGCGGGCCCUUGACGAUCUUGCUGCGGAGAUUGUGUGGCCAAAGGGUGCUUAUUGGUCAAAGAAAUAUUUCCAAAAGCGUGUGGUGGAUAAAGACGGUGCCCAUUUAAAGGCGUUUGCCAAUGAGCUUUUCCAGUUGACGGACAUUUGGCGCUUAAUACUCCAGCUGGUGGUGCGCCCGGCUGGCAUCCUGGAGCUGGAAACCAGAAGUUUAGAGAGCAUGAUGAAAAUCAUUGACAUUUUGUCAAUGCAGGAAGAGGCGUUGCCUCUUGUUGGUGACUUGGAAAUCGAAAUUGCCCAGCACCACGCUUGGUUUCUAGAACUUUACCCGGAUUGCAACAAGCCGAAAACACACUGGCUACGACAUGUUCCGUCCUUGUUCAGGGAGUUUGGCUGCAAUCUCAGCUGCUUCAGCCCUGAGAAGAAGCACAAGGGAGUGAAGCAGCUGGCGCUUUUGAUUUCUGCCAACGUUGAGAAAGGAGUCUUGUACCGCGCAGUUGCAGAAAAUUUCUCUUCUUUCUCCAAUGAUGAAAAUAUGCUGCGCCCUAUUUUCCUGGAACGGGCGCAGGACAUGGAAGCUGAGUGGCUGCGGGCAUUCUAUCCGGACAUGCAAGAAGCGAAGGUUUCAAAGACACUGCGUUUUGAAGGUGGACGGGUGUCAGCAUCAGAUAUGCUAUGGUUUCCGGCUACAAAGCACCUUGCUCAGGCAUCCUUCUUUUUGCAGGUUCGGCUUUUGAACUCCUCUGAGUUCUUGAUCCACGGGGACUUAUAUCAGCAGGCUCGCCUUCAAUCUUUGCAAGGCUCGCCUGCAGAGACUUGCGCCAUGAGCGCCGCUAGCGAAGUGCCUGCUACUGCCACUGCAGAAGCUCUCCCCGAAUCUGCGGCCAGUGAAGCUACCGAAGCGGCUUCUCCAGCUGAGACGGCAACAUCUUGUGCAGAAACGCCUAGUGGCGUAGUUCCUCUGGACAAGGUGGAGACCGGCCCUGGACUUCCAGCAGAAAAUUUGUGUUCCACCUGCAGGAAGCCUGUCUCUGAGGAGAAUGGUGUGGUUGUGGCACGGGCAGUGGGGAAGACAGCUACUUCUUUGCGCUGCAGGGCAUGCCACAAUUUAAAAAGUAGGAUCAACCGGGUGUUGAGCCACUAUGGCUCAUUGGCCCAGGAUUGGACGAAGGUGACUGAAAAUGAGAAGAAAGAAUUUUACAAGAAGUACAAGGAGCAGGCGGGACCGGACCUUCUGACCAGGCUCCAGGAGACAGUGACGGAAAGCAAGAAGACCAGCAGCGCCGUCUCCUUCGAGGGCACCGGCGAUUUCCUGGACGAGAUAGAUUUGGAGGAGAAGUACAAGAACAAGCCAGAUCAAUUGGCCGCUAUUAAGGCCAACACCCGGACCUACUUCUGUCCAGUUCGACAGGUGCAGCUUUUCGAGGAUGUGAAAUAUAAGCGCACGGCUGUGGAGACCGAGGAGUACGCGAAGGUGCAGAAACGCAAGAGGCAAUCAAUUCCGCUUGAACAAGGUGAACGUGAUGAGACGGCUGCAGAUUCGAGCCAGUGCAAGAAGGGCAAGAAAGAAGCAGCCAAAAGUGAGCUGCCGAAGUUGAAGGCUGGAGGCAAGAAAAAGAUUUCCAAGAAAGUGGAACUGAUGAACGCAAAGAAGCUGCAGCUGAUGGAUUGGAACUGCAAAGCGCGUGGUGACAAAGUCAAAGACUUGGUGCCUGGCUAUGUCGUGAAGGCUUCCACAAAGCUGGUGGAUGACGCUGUGGCCUUUGGGGUUGAAUGCGACAGCAUUCUUGAAAGUGGCCAUGGCGACGCAGAUGAGGUCAUCAAGAAGGCAGACUCUUUCAUGGAGCAGCUGACAGAGAUGAUGGGCCGCGUCAAGUGCCAAGUGGAUCAGGCGCAUGCUUUUGUUGCCACUGGUGCGAGCGGCCAGGAGUGA